AUGGAUGACCCAAGCCAGCAUUUCCCGCCUGGCUCGCUGCCCGAAGGAGAGCCGGCGCCAGCGCAGGCUGCGGCGGAGGGCAUGGAAGACGCGGAGAACCUUCUCGACGACAUGCUCGAGGCGGCCGAGGCCGCGCGCCACGAGACCGAGCUGACUCUAGCGCCGCAGGCGCCCGACGAGAAUGAGCCGUUUGUGACUAUGGCGGGUGUGACUGCAGGCGAUGUGACGGAAGGAGUGGUGGAAGAAACUGUGACUUAUCACGGUGUGACUGAAGGAGAGGUGCCUGAAGCGGAAGCAGGUGAAGGCGAGGGGUUUGAUCUAAAUAUGGAUGCUGGUGGGGGUGGGGGUGGUGCGGCGGCGGUUAUGAUCACCGAGGGUGCAGCAGCUGAGACCGAACCAGGGACCGGACCAGGAACCGAUCCUGGUUCGGGUUUGGGUGUUGCCGAGCCUGAGAGUCUGCCGGUCGGGACUGAGGAGCAGGCUCGGGAGACUAUUGGCGAAUACCAAGAGGUGGGCGGAGAGGGCGGGGAUGGCCAUAUCAUGCAACAGGCAAUGGCGGGUGCUUAUGAAGAGGGAGGCAUGGCGGAGGGCGAGCAGCCGAGAGCUGACGCGGAAAUGGGUGAAGCAGCGGAAGGAACUCAUCCGGAGGGUGCUUAUAUCGAGCAACCAGUGCAGUACGAAGGUGUGCAGCAGCAGGAGCACGUGGGCGCAGAGCAGGCAGAGACAGCAGAGCAAAUGCAGAUGGCACCUACCCCAGAUGAGUCUGCUGUAGCGCACCAGCAACCAGCUGUAGCUGAGCAGGAGGCAGGUGAGGCCUGGCAGGGCGAGGCUGUAGCACAGGCCGAAGCGGCUGUAGCAGGGUACGAACAUGGUGAAGGGCCUGCUGUAGCUGGGUAUGAUGCGGCUUUCCCUGGCCAGGAGGCGGCUGUUGCUGAAACUGGCGGAGGUGAGACGGCAGAGGGGCAGGUUGUAGCACCGGCUGAAGUGGGCGAAAUGGUUACCGCUGCUGCUGUUGGCGAAGGAGAGGUGGGCACAGGAGCGAACGAGGGUGGCAUGGGUGCAGAGAGCUUCGUGCAAGGCGACGGGGGAAUGGCGACAACAGCAGAAGCGCAAGGGACGGUGGCAGAGGGAGAGGGGGCGGCGGGGUAUUCUCAACGCAUGGAGGCAGUUUCUGAGGGACAGUAUGGGGAGGAGGCAGCAGUGCCUGGGGCGCUCGGGGAAGGCGGAGGGGGAGGGGGCGGGGGAGAGGGCGAGUAUGCUGAUGCGCACAUGGAAGCGGGAGGGGAAGGGGGAGAAGGUGGCGCGCUAGUGCCUGUUGCAGGGCAGGCGGAAGCAGGAGCAGCAGCAGGCGGGGAAGGGGGAGUAGCACCUGGGGGCGAGGGGGCAGCGGCAGCAGCAGCGGAAGCAGCAGCAGCAGAGGCAGCGGCGGAGGUGGCGGCGCACAUAGAGGCGGCAGAGAGGGUGGUGGUGCAGUCGCAGCUGCCGCAGCCCCCACCGUGCCCCGCUGUGGGCAACGUGGCGGUGCUGCCCAUGCUGCUGGACCAGAUCGAAGCUCACAUCCUCUUCUACGGCCGCAUCUUUCGCAAGGAGCCGCUAGAGGAGGAGCUGCGAGCGCUGGUGUUCGCCACCGUGCCGUCUCAACUGGCCUCGCCCGACCACCACCGCUGGCUCGAGAUCGCCGAUGCCUGGCGCCGCCGCAGAGAGGCCGCCCCUGCCGCCCUCCUCCUGGACGGCGGUGGGGCGGCAGCGGGCGGCGGCGGGUAUGUGUCCCCGGAUGGUUUAGCGCUGGGGAACGGGGAGCCAUGGGUGUGGGACGAUGAGGGGUGGGACGCCCCCGGGAUUGCCAUCCGCGGGCGCGGCAGGGGCAGGGGGCGUGGCAGGGGGCGGGGGCGGGGGAGGGGGAGGGGGCGCGGGCGCAGCUGGCACCUGGUGGGGGUGGAGAUCGUCCCCUCGUACGGGUCUGAUGGGGAGGAGAUGGGCGCAGAGGGGGAGGAGCGGGCGGGGGGCGCAGGGGGAGGCGCAGGGGGAGGGGGAGCAUCUAUGGGCACGCGGCCAGUGGUGGCAUGGGCGGAGGUGUGGCCGGGGAAGCUGGAGGAGCUGGUGGAUAGGAAGGACCAUGCGGGGGUGGCUGCCGCCCAGGUCAUGACGGCCGCUGUGGUGGCCCGGGCGGCGUCGGCAGCGGUGCGGGCGGCAGCAGAGGCGGUGGCGGUGUUCAAAGAGAGGGCGGUGGCUGCUGCCUGGGCGGAGAAGAAGGGGGGUGCGGGGGCGAACGGGGCGCUUGGGGGAUAUGGGGGGCAUGGGGGGUAUGGCGUGCAUGGCGGAAAUGGGGGGUAUGGAGGGUAUGGUGCAGGUGCGACGUGGCAGGAGGCCACUGGCGCAGGGUCCCCGUUUGCGGAGUCCCCCUGGGCGCCUGAGCCUCCUCUCCCCCUGACGUCCGUGGCUAGUGUGGCGCGGGGCAGGGGGAGGGGCAGGGGGAGGGGACGGGGGAGGGGGAGGGGCCGGGGGAGGGGCAGCAGGGGCGGGGGGCGUGGCAGGAGCUACUACUACGGCGCGUAUGAUAUGGAGGAAGAGGAGGAGGAGCCGGAGGAGGACGACGAGGGGGACGAGUUUGUGGCGUAUGGAGGGGUGGAGGAAGUGGGCGGGUAUGGGGAGAUGGGGGGGAGUGUGCUGGGCAAGAGGGGGAGGGGGAGGGCGAGUGAGGGGCAGGAGUUAGAACACACAAUGCGGCGCGCUGUGGGGUUCCUAGAGGGUAGGGGGGGAGAGGAGGAGGAAGAGGAGGAGGUAGUGGUGGUGGAGGAUGAAGAGGAGGGGGAGGAAGAGGAGGAGGAGGAGAAGAGGGUGUGGGGGUUGAAGCUGCCACACAGGUUCCAUGUGGGCACUCCUGUGGAGGUAAGCAGCAGUCAUUGGGAGGGAGGGGCCUUGUAUGGCGAUUUCAGGGCAAUGCACGCUGGGGUGAGUGGCGGUUCCUGCAAGAGAUUCCGUAGCGGACUGAAGCAUUGCACGCCCGUGCCACAUGGUGCUGUGUGCACCGCCUUCCCACUCCCCCGCGACUCUGGUUCGCUGUUCUCUCCCCCGCGACUCUGGUUCGCUGUUCUCUCCCCUGCGACUCUGGUUCGCUGUUCUCUCAUCCGCCUGCCUGCACACGCAUCCAUGACCUUCUCUCCUUCUCUCUUUGCCUCCUUGUCUCUGUGCCUCCUUGUCUCCCCGCCGCCGCUCUGUGGCUUCGAACGAGGAGGGGUUGAGGGGCAGCUGGUUCACGGGCACGGUGCUGCAGCUCGAUGCACGGCGGGCGCUCGUCCGAUACGACCAGCUGCUGGACGACGCGGGUGGUGGGAGGGGGUGAUAACAGCGCUGCCAGACGAUCCAGCAGCCAGCAUGGCCACUGUCGAGUUCCCAGGCUAUGGGGAGAUGGCACAGAAGCAGCUGACGUGGCAGCAGCUGCGGCCAUCGAUGGUGUUUGAUGUGCGCGGAAGGGGGUGGGUGAUGGUGCGCGCCCAGGCCGUGGGGGAGGGGGCGCAGGAGGUGGAGGAGGAGGAGGAGGAUGAUGAGGUGGAGGAGGUGGUUCCGGCUCCCAUGGGGCAUGUCAGGGUGAGUGGGUGA